UUUUUAAUUACAUGAGUUAUAUUUCAUAUUUAAUUUUUUGAACAUUAUUUAUUUUGUACUUUUCUAGUUUUUUCUUCAUACGCGUCUUGAAGGCUUGAAAAUAUUCGUAUGUUUCAUUAAACUAUAGUCUUCGAGUUCCGUAUUUUACUAACUAUCGGGUGGUCAACGUGUACAUUUUAAUAUGCUGUGAAUCUCGUUUACUAUAUAUUUAAUACACCUAUUGUGUUAUUUCAUUGCAAGCACCCAGAAAAUCAUCGUGAAAGAAAGCACUAAUAAUAAAAUGUGGGAAAUUUUGAUCUAUGCAUUUUCCAUGUUUAUGACAGGAGCAUUGUUAUUCCUCAUGGUUUACUCUAUUAUAACGUUGUCAGAUCUUGAAUGUGAUUAUUUAAAUGCKCAAGAAUGUUGUAACAGACUGAAUUUUUGGGUGCGACCAAAAAUUGUUGCACAAACAAUAAUAGUUGUUGGGUUUUUGACUGAUUACAAUUGGUGGAUGGCCCUUGUAAAUAUACCAGCUGCUGCAUGGGUCAUAUAUGAGUAA